AUGGGGCGGAGGGAAUACGAAGUAGGCCUCUCCUUUAUGAGGGGCCCGGAAGGGUAUAGAGCCGCCAUACGUGCCCCGGGACGGAGGCGCACUGCAGCUGGUAUUAUAUAUAAAUACACCAGGAGGGCUCACGUACCCCAUUUCCCUCCCCGCCUUUAUUGGGGCCCAUCUCGACCCCUCCCCUCCUCUCACCCCUCCUCCGCAUUAUCGCUUCCUGCAGAUAAUGUCCCGUUCCCACCGUCGCACAAGCUGACCGCUUCGGAAGUGUUCGAGGGUCGGACGGGGAAGCCGCGGCCGGACGUGCUGAAGCAGCACUUCAUGGCCGAGGGCAGGAUCGACGAAGCGGCCGCCCUCAGGAUCAUCAACGAGGGAGCCACGCUCCUCCGCUCGGAGAAGACCAUGAUCGACAUCGAAGCCCCCAUCCGUAACAAUGGCUCCAAGUUGAGUAUUUCCAGACAGCUGUUAGACCCACCCUCAUCCGCUCCUCCGGCUCCACUAUAUUUAGCACCAGACGAUACUAAGAGACCGCAAAUAGAUCGCGGUUCUCGCUGA